UGAUUGUUCGUAUGACACGCGGAAGUUAAAAGUUGUCAAACAUAUGUUCUACAUUUUGAUUGAAGAUAUCUAUGUGUUUCAACAGAGCGUUUUCUUCACAACUUUAGAAUAAUGUUUUAGAUACUAGUGGAGGAUUAAUCAAUAUUCCAGAAAAAAAGCAGUAACCAUGGCAACAGAAAAGACACAGAAUGGUAAGAGUGGGUCUUCUGACGCAGAUAAGGGAGCUAACCGGACCCUGUACGUGGUCUUCCUGUCCCUGGUGAUUGACCUGCUGGGGUUCACCCUGAUUCUCCCCCUCCUCCCUUCCAUACUGGACUACUAUGGGACCAAUGAAAAGGACACAUUAUAUAAACUGAUCAAGGAUUCAGUGACAGGGUUUAGGGAGAUGGUAGGGGCCCCAGACACUCCCAGGUGGAACUCUGUACUGUUUGGAGGUGUUAUUGGGUCCCUUUUCUCAAUGUUGCAGUUUUUAGCCUCACCCAUCAUGGGUGCAGCCUCAGAUGUCUAUGGCAGAAAACCAGUUCUUAUUGUAUCCAUGGUGGGCGUGGCAGCGUCCUAUGCCCUAUGGGCUGUCUCACACAACUUCACUCUCUUCGUCAUCGCCCGCAUCAUUGGGGGGCUUAGUAAGGGGAACGUCAGCAUAUCUACAGCAGUCAUAGCUGACAUAUUCCCCCCAGAGAAAAGAGGGAAAGGCAUGGCCUUUGUGGGUGUGGCCUUCUCAGUUGGAUUUGUGUUUGGACCAAUCAUUGGAGCUGUUUUCUCCAAAUUUGCCCGUGAGCAACAGGAAGUCUUCUACACAGCCCCUGCCCUUUUUGCACUUGCUUUAGCCAUCAUAGAUGUCAUUUUUGUUUUAAUGUUUUUCAAAGAAACACUGCCUCAACAUAGAAGGGCCAAGUCCAUUUCAUCUGGAUGGCAGAACACAUCACAUCUCAUCAACCCAGUGUCUCUGUUUAAAUUCUCUCCUGUGAAAAAUACUAAUGCUCAGGAUGUGUCUGCGAUGCAGAAGAUAGGUGCUGUGUAUUUUCUGUAUCUUCUAAUGUACUCAGGACUCGAGUUCACACUCACCUUCCUCACUCAUAACAGGCUCAACUAUGACAGUAUGCAGCAAGGGAAGAUGUUUUUCUUUCUUGGGACCAUCAUGGCUUUAGUGCAGGGUGGUUAUGUUAGAAGGAUACCUGCAGGGAAAGAAGUAAAGAUAGCCACCCUGGGAAUGACUAUGCUUAUCCCAGCCUUUGUGUGUAUGGCCUUUGCCUACAGUGCUAGCAUGAUGUACAUAGGCCUGACAUUGUUUGCCUUUGCUUCAGCAACAGUAGUUCCAUGUCUGACAACACUGAUCUCAGGAUUUGGAGGCACGGAUCAGAAGGGGGUGGUGAUGGGAGUGUUCAGAUCUCUAGGGGCUCUAGCCAGAGCUUUCGGUCCCGUCUUAUCCAGUAUAGUGUACUGGAGCUGUGGGGACAAAGUCUGUUACAUAUCAGGGGCAGUUCUACUUAUCAUUCCUUACAUCAUGCUCAGAAAGAUCAAAGGUUCCUCACACACAGCCUAACAAGCUCUCUGAUUGGUCAUUAUCUCCAAU